UUCCGACAGGCUGGAGAAGAGAGAUGAUCAAAAGACCGCCACACUCGCCUCCUCGGUUAUGAUCCUAGCUUUUCAGUUACAACCAAGGAUAGCACACGCAGGCAGCUGUAGCCACCAGGAAUGAAUUUUGAGACCAGAUGAAAUCGUUGCCUCUUGGAAGUCGGAGGCCAGAAUUUUGCAAUUGAUUUUCCUUUCUUGCAGCAUCUCCCCCCUCCCACCCCGGUUUCUGGAAGGGAAAUUCUGGAUUCCGACCUGCCUUCUAUUCGGUGGAUUUAUGCCUGAAAGUUACUUGCUGCCUUUCAGAAAGAAACUCUUGAGCGACAGGAUUCCAUGUCCAAAGGUCACGUUCUCUUCAUGUUACUGGAACUGUUAACAGAUGCCCGGUUUCCCCAACUCAUCAGCUGGCCAAUCUGAAAGCCACAAAGCCUGUAAAAAGCAAGUUACCAGCAGACCAAAACAGGCUGGAAAUUAAUCUGCUAACGGGACAAAGUGGAGAGGACAGCAGUAAGUCCCAAAGAAAAGAUGUCUGGUGGGAUUUUCUCCCCCCUGGAGAACCUCUGUGACUUGGACAACGCUAACUGCCACCCGCUGGUGUGUUUUCUAUGCCACGAGCAAUAUGAACAUCCUUGCCUCCUGGACUGUUACCACAACUUCUGUGCCAGCUGCCUGAGGGGCCGUGCGAUUGACAGUCGCCUCACGUGUCCUCUCUGUGGGCACCAGUCCAUCGUGAAAGGGAGCGGCCUGCCCCCCGAGGACCGGCUCCUCAAGUUCCUGGUGGUGGACAGCUCUGGGGACUGCGAGGAGGAAGCGCAGUGUGCAAAUUGCGACCUUCAGUGCAAGAAGCAGGACUUGGACACCAUGUACUUCUGCAAUACCUGCAACCAGCCCCUCUGUGCCAAAUGCCGUGAGGAUACCCAUAAAGCCAAGAUGUUCUCCCGCCAUGAGAUUGUCUCCCUGACCAAGCGCACUAAAGACAUCCACAAGAAAUGCCCACUUCAUGAAGAGCUCUACAUCAUGUUCUCCACGGAGAAAAAAUCCAUGCUGUGCAUUAACUGCUUCCGGGACAUGCCAGCUGUGAAAGAGCUGCAGACUUCCACGCGAGAGGCCAUCGUGCUCCUCAAAGCUAUGAUCGAGGAGGUGCGCAACAGUGCAGAUGAAGAGGAGACAGCCAUCAACUCACUCUUCAGUAACAUGCAGGACAGGUUGGCGGAAAGGAAGAAGAUGCUUUUAAAAGUGGUCCAAAGUCAGUAUGAAGAAAAAGAGAAGGCUUUCAAGGAGCAGCUCGCCCACCUGGCAUCACUGUUGCCCACUCUCCAGGUCCAUCUGGUGACCUGCUCUGCUUUUCUGAGUUCUGCAAACAAAGCCGAAUUCCUGGAUUUAGGCUAUCAAUUGAUGGAGAGGUUGCAGAAAAUUGUCAAGCUUCCCCAUCGGAUGAGGCCGUCCCAAACUAGCAAGAUCAACACCGAAUACAGGGCUGAGUUUGCACACUGCUUGGAGCCGCUGCUGCUUCUGACUCCACGUCGCUCGGUUGUGGUGAAUGGAGGGAGCAUUGGGCCUGGGAUGAGCAAUGGAAACAUGAUCUCCGGAGGCCCCUGUUCCAAGACCCUGAUGGUGUCCAGCUGCCCCUCGGCUUGCGAAAAGAUGUCUCUGACAGGCUCCGUUGUCCGGAAGCCGACGAUGCACCGUUACAUCAGCACCAAGGUCUUGCUGGCUGAGGGUGGAGAGACAUCAUUCACGGAACAUUGCCGCAACUAUGAGAAUAUGUACCGGGUCCUCCAAACAGAGAUUCAGAACCUGAAGGAUCAAGUGCAGGAGCUCCACCGCGACCUCACCAAGCACCACUCCCUCAUCAAGACAGAGAUCAUGAGCGAGAUCUUACAGAAGUCCCUGCAGAUGGACGUGCAGAUCGCUUCCGAGUACUCGUCCGUGGAGAUGAUGAGGAGCAUGUUCGAAGAGUCAUGGGAAGAAACAUACCAGCGAGUGGCAAACGAACAAGAGAUUUAUGAAGCCCAACUGCAUGACCUCCUGCAGCUGAAACACGAGAACAGCUACCUGACCACCAUCACCAAGCAGAUCGCCCCCUACGUCCGCUCCAUCGCCAAGGUGAAGGAACGGCUGGAGCCCAGGUUGCAGGAAGCAAAGGAGAAGGACAGCCAGGCUUGGAACCUGCCGAACAUAUAUGAUGACAGCAUGACGGGGACCGGUGAUGUCCUGCACAGGACCGACCUGAGCAACGAAGCCGCUGAAGGCCGAGAGAGGCCCUCGGAAUCCAGGACAGAAAGCCACGCUCUCAACCUGCCCGCCGAAGAUCCGCUGCUGAAGAGCAAAGACUGUUGCAAGAGCCAGCCAAAAGGCCGAGGAGGCAGUCCCCCCAUGGGCGGCGGCGGCAGCAGGUCAGGCGGCGAAACAGCUCCAGCGUCGGACACACACAGCAUUCAUUAACCCUGCAGAGGACUGGCAGCAGGGCUGGGCGCUAAACAGCAGCGGCAAUUGAAAUAAUUAGGCACGAAGGUUAGCCCAGAUCCUGCAACCCAUCUAAAUUGUGGACGUUGGCAAGAUUUCUUUUGUAGAAGCUUUUCCUACUGGACACAGAGAGGUGUAAACAGCCAGGCGUGGCCCUACUAGGAAUCGCUGGAAAUCUUAUUCAGAAAUUCUUCUGGCUUCUGAGUGUUGCCCAUACACUUGCAAGCUCAGUAUGGGCUAGAAACUUUCUUUAAAGGUUGGGGGGGGGGGGAUGAAAGCUGGGGUGUGCGCUUUUUUUUUGUCCAAUAGACCUCGUGUAUCUUGCCCUCGCACCAGUGCGAACUAACCCCUGCUUCCAGUGAGCUACAGAGCUACCUCUGGCUCGUUAGCAUCUGCACAGGGAGCCCUGCUGUCCAUGUAGUUGGUCAAUAUGAGUAGCUCCUCUGCCUGCUUUCUCCUGGGCAUUAAAAGCAAGAGAGAUCACGGGUUGGAAUGGUAAACAGGAAAAUACAACCGUGAUGUUAUAACUGUAUCUUUGUAUUGCCAAAGCUUAGUGCAACUCCCAUCACCUUUUCACA